AUGGAUUUCUUCAGGGGAGCCCUGCAGGCAGCAGAGAAGGCAGCCGAGAUCGCCAAGAACGCCUCACAGCAAGGACUGGGCCAACCUGUGGAUGACCAGGAGUUCCUGCUGAACCCCUGGCAGAUUCAGCAUGCGACUCUUCUGUGCGCCGAAGCCAAGGACAUCCAUGAGCUCCGAUUCAUGCUGUGCCCAAGGUACAUGACCGACGGCCACUUCUGGCACACAUACUUCAGCCUGAUGAAGCCCCACCUCCCGGCAGAGUCUUUGACGUGGCCCAUGGACACACCCUUUGUGAACCCCAAGCCUGAGCAACCAGCCGCCCCCGUGUCGUCCCUCCUCAGCGACUUCAGGUCCCAGAUCCAGUCCCUGGGGUCCCAGGUCCAGGCCGCCGCCCACAUGACUUCCGUCUCCGGCGCAGGCCCCGCCUCGGUCGGUAUUUCUGAGGAGGACAGGGGUAUGGAUGAGGAGCGAGACUCGGGCACCACCCCCGACCUCGAUUUCGACGACUACCUCAACGAGCUGGCUGCCGAGGGAAGCAAGGAGGAUGGCGGCGAGGCCGCUGACCCCACCACCCAUCCAUGA